AUGAAGACUGAAGACUACUACACGGACGAGGUGCUGAAGAAGAAGACUGAAGACUACUACACGGACGAGGUGCUGAAGAAGAAGACUGAAGACUACUACACGGACGAGGUGCUGAAGAAGAAGACUGAAGACUACUACACGGACGAGGUGCUGAAGAUGAAGACUGAAGACUACUACACGGACGAGGUGCUGAAGAUGAAGACUGAAGACUACUACACGGACGAGGUGCUGAAGAUGAAGACUGAAGACUACUACACGGACGAGGUGCUGAAGAAGAAGACUGAAGACUACUACACGGACGGGGUGCUGAAGAAGAAGACUGAAGACUACUACACGGACGGGGUGCUGAAGAUGAAGACUGAAGACUACUACACGGACGAGGUGCUGAAGAAGAAGACUGAAGACUACUACACGGACGAGGUGCUGAAGAAGAAGACUGAAGACUACUACACGGACGAGGUGCUGAAGAUGAAGACUGAAGACUACUACACGGACGAGGUGCUGAAGAUGAAGACUGAAGACUACUACACGGACGAGGUGCUGAAGAAGAAGACUGAAGACUUACUACACGGACUAGGUGCUGAAACGAAGACUACUACACGGACGAGGUGCUGA